AUGAGCGCUCCGCCCGGUACUGUCUCGCUGCAGGACUUGACGCUAGAGCAGAUUGGUCAGGUCCGAUCACAGCUUGAACAGGAGCUGAAGCAUCUUACGGCGGCGUUUGGCGACCUGAAGGCGGCGCAGAGCAAGUUCAUGGCAUGUAUGGAUUCGCUCGACAGCAUCAAGCCGGACAACAAGGACAAGAAGGUGCUGAUUCCUCUGACGGGCUCGCUCUACGUCCCUGGGCGGAUAGCGGAUCCCGAGAACGUGCUGGUGGACAUCGGGACAGGCUAUUUCGUCGAGAAGGAAACGAAGCAGGCCAAGGCACUCUACAACGCUAAGGUCCUGGCGCUCAAGUCGAACCUUGCGACCCUCCAGCAGCAGAUCGAGAAGAAGCAGGACAACUUUACGGCGUGCGGCGAGAUGAUGCGAGUGAAGAUGGCGCAGCAGCAACAGGCGCAAGCGGCAGGCGGAACGAAGGACGACUGA